UCACGAAAAAUACAGUCGUCCGUCUGGAUGGGGAAGGAGCAGCAACUACACGUCUCUUAUCCAGGUCAUGAAACCAAAAGCUCUCUAUAUAGAUGCACCACGACUAUUUGGAAAUGGAGAAGCGCCGACAGCCAUUCGCGGGAGCCAGGGGACGUCGUACCACCGGCAGGUUGACGAUGAGGCAACCGACUUGGAGGAGAGUGUCGAGAGCGACAGACGGAGCAAAGCGGAGAAGCGUGCUCGUGAAGUUCACUUCGUUUUUCUGGCUGAAAAAUACCAGCCCCUGAAAGAAGAGGACGAGGCCGGUCUGCGAAAGAAGGAUGAGGGGAAGGUUAAAAAGAAGGGGAAAAUUAAGAAGUACAGGAAGAAUGUCCGGAAGGCCUUGAGUUACUCCUGGAAGUGCCUGCUGCUCAGCCUCCAGAACUUCUCCGUUGGCCUCUCCACCCCGCUCGCCGCGGCUGCCCAUGUCGUCCCGGAGUUCCACCAGGCCAGAGCAAGAUAAGCCAAGAAACCUGGCACCUUGGAGAUACUGUACACCUUGUGCUUUUACUGUAUUCCAAGUGACUUUGUGGAUUGUAAUCUGUAUGUUAAACAGACAGUGUAAGUUUUUAAAAAAAUCUUGUCUAACAUGUAUACUACAGCCUGACAGCGCUGGUUAGUGUCAGGUUCAUUUUUGGCUUUUCAGAAACCAUGUCUCAUGUUUUAUUGCACUUAAAACUCUUUUAAAAGAGCACCGUUCACCAUUUAUUGUGCUGCAAGUUGUGUAAAUUAAGUCACUCAUUCACACAUUUACACUUAAGAUGUAUGAGAAACUGAUUAUUGUUCUCCAUGAGAUGUGUUUGUUUGUGAGAUGUAUGUGUUUUGUGGAAUGUACUGGCAACGUAGAAGUUGUGAUUGAGAAGACGUGCCUAAGAUCAAGAAUGGAGAUUUAGCAUGAAAUGGUAUGGCCUUGAUUAUGACGGCUGUUGUUUGAUAUGCACAUUGUUAUUUUCAGAAAGAAAAGCGGCAAUCAUAUUAUGAACAUUUGACGCAUGACGGUUAAAAAAAGAAAAGAAAAGCAACAGCAUGUGUAGUAUUGUUAGACUCGGGCAUAGAUGUGACUUCAGAGAGUAAAAAAAAUGCCAGGUAGUGUUUCUCCUGGCUGUACUCUUAUAUGCCACUAACUCGCUGAUCUAGCUGCCUGAUGAUUUUCGUGUGUGUGUGUGAGCAGGAAAAUGAGAGAAAGGUAAAGUUGAGAAAUCUAUAGGGAUGUUGUCAAGGGCAGUGAAGUGUUUAAAGAGGGUUGAAUACUAAAAAGGUAUGUUUAAGUGGGGAAGAACUGGGUUGGGAAGAAAUGUAAGAGGUUUGAAUACUAAAAGGUAUGUUUAAGUGGGGAAGAACUGGGUUGGAAAGAAAUGUAAGUGCUGUAAACAACAUGGUAUUUAUGCACUGAAGUGAAUGUUUUCCCGAGAAUUAAGUGAGGAUUGGUCAGCCACAUGAGCAAUUGUUGCACAUUUACUAUGUUGAUGUGCUUAUGCUCUGAAAAAAAAACCUUCAUAGGCUGAGAUUCGAAGGCUUUUGGAAUGUAUUGUGGAUAUUUUCUUUAUUAAUAAACUCACAUUAUAUAGUA